GAUAUAUAAGGCGCAGACAGAGGGAUCUCAUUCGCUGUGAGAGCCGUACACUCUUCACCUGCACACACACACACGAAACACACACACACCCACAUACACACGCCUCCACCUCCUGCACCCUUCAUUCCUGCGCACGUCCCCUACGGUAGCCUGUCCGGAUGAGUUACCCGGUGGACACGAUAGGAAGCCCCUUUAGGAGAGUAAUGGAUACUAGAUCGACCAGCUACGGCUACGGCCGCCCCGGCAGCACGCCUUCCAGCGGCUUUCGCUCCCAGUCCUGGUCCCGGGCAAGCCCCGGGUCCACUCUGACCACAUCCUACAAGAGGACCGUGAAUGUGCCGGCCACCCGAGCAUACAGCUCAACGGUGCUCAGCUCCGCCGACAGCGUUGAUUAUAGCCAGACCUCCAUCCUCAACGGAGACUACAAGCGUUCCAACGAGAAAGAGCAACUUCAGGGGCUCAACGACCGCUUCGCUGUUUACAUUGACAAGGUGCACUACCUGGAACAGCAGAACAAGCAGAUCGAGGCGGAGAUCCAGGCACUGCGGCAGAAGCAGGUGUCGCGCUCCCAGCUGGGCGAUCUCUACGACCAGGAGCUGCAGGAGCUGCGCUCCGUGCUGGAGCAGAUCCACCAUGACAAGGCGCAAAUUCAGAUCGACACCGAGCACAUCGAGGAGGACAUCCAGCGGCUCCGGGACCGCUUCGAAGAGGAGGCGCGCAUCCGGGAGGAGACAGAGGCCAUAAUCCGCGUCCUGAAGAAGGACACGAACGACGCGGAGUUGAUGAAGUCGGAGUUGGACAAGAAAGUUCAGUCGCUGCAGGAUGAGAUCGCCUUCAUCCGCAACAACCACGAAGAAGAGGUGUGCGACCUCAUCGCGCAGAUUCAGGCUUCUCAGGUGACCGUGGAGAGGAAGGACCUCCAUAAGGCGGACAUCACCGAGGCUCUGCGGGAGAUCCGCUGCGAGCUGGAGGGACACUCCAACCAGAACCUGCAGCAGGUGGAGAGCUGGUUCAUGUGCCGCUACGCCAAGCUCACCGAGGCUGCGGAGCAGAACAAGGACGCAAUAAAGUCCGCCCGCGAUGAGAUCGCCGACUACCGUCGCCAGCUGCAGUCUAAGACGGUGGAGCUGGAGUCCGUCCGCGGGACAAGGGACUCGCUGGAAAGGCAGCUCAACGACAUCGAGGACCGCCACAACAGCGACCUGGCCAGUCUACAGGAAACCAUUCACCAACUGGAUAACGAGCUCAAAAGCACCAAAUGGGAGAUGGCUCGUCACCUGCGUGAGUAUCAGGACCUGCUCAAUGUCAAGAUGGCCCUGGACAUUGAGAUUGCUGCAUACAGAAAACUCCUAGAGGGUGAAGAAACCCAUUUCAGCACGUUCCCUCUUCGCCAGGCAGUCGCCUCCACCAAAAUUUCUAAACCUAAAUCAGAAGCUCCCAAGAUUAAGGUGCAGCACAAGUUUGUUGAAGAGAUCAUUGAGGAGACGAGGGUGGAGGAUGAGAAGGCCGAUAUGGACGAGGCCCUGGCAGAAAUAGCACAAGAGCUGUCUGCUGCCGGUGGAGAAGAAGAAGAAAAUGAAGAGGACGAAGGGGGAGAGGGUGAGGGGGAAGAGGAAGAAGGAGAUGAAGGUGGAGAGGAGGAGGAGGUAGUAGCUGCUGCUGAAGCUAAAGUUAGCUCAAGUGCACCAGCUAAGGAGGAAGACGAGGAGGAAGAAGGGGAUGGAAAAGGUGGUGAUGAGGAGGAAGAGGGAGAAGGUGGUGAGGAUGGAGAAAAGGAAGAUGAAGGUGAGGGGGAAGGGGAGGGAGAGGAUGAGGGAGAGAAAGGGGACGAUGAAGAGGGAGGCGAUGGAGAAGAGGAGGGUGGAGAGGAGGAAGAAGUCGAGGAGACGGUGUUGUCCUCUAAAGCCCCCGAGUCUAAAGCCUCUCCCGACAAAGAGAAGGCCGCAGACAAGGAGGCAAGUGAAGGAGAGGAGGAAGCAGCAGAGGAAGCUGGUGCCGAGGUGGAGGCUGGUGAUGAGGAUGCAGGCAGCGACAAAGCAUCCAAAAGCGGAGACGAGAAAGAGGAAGCAGACAAAGGCAAAACAGAAGACGAGAAGCAGGUGAAAGACGAGAAGGCGGACGACAAAUCAGAAAAAGCCGAGUCCAAGACUGAAGCCUCAAAAACAGAGGCUGCAAAGCCUGAGGCAAAGAAGGAAGAGGCUCCUAAAGCUGAGGCUUCAAAACCUGAAUCCCCAAAGCCUGAAUCCCCAAAGUCUGAAUCUCCAAAACCUGAAUCCCCAAAGUCUGAAUCUCCAAAGCCUGAGUCCCCAAAGUCUGAAUCUCCAAAGUCUGAAUCCCCUAAACCACAGUCUCCUAAAUCUGAAUCUCCCAAGCCUGCAUCCCCCAAGGAAGGCUCACCAAAGUCUGUGUCCCCCAAACCUUCCUCCCCUAAAGCCGAGUCCCCUAAGUCAGAAUCCCCAAAGAAAGAGACUGCAAAGAGCGAGUCUCCUAAGGCUCCCGCAGUAGACGAUAAGAAGGUAGAAAAGAAGGACGUGGCCAUGAAUGGAGACAUAGACAGCGGCAGCCCCGAAGAGAAGAAGGACGAAGACAAAGAAGUCGAUGUGAUGGCCAACGGCGUGGACGAGAGCCCAGUGAAGGAAGACGGCAGCCAGAAGGUGGUGAUCACCAAAACCGUGGAGACCAUCACCACCGGCGAGGACGGCUCCAAGCACGUCACCAAAUCAGUCACUGUGACCGAGACCGUGAAGGAGGUGGAGGAGGUGCUGCAGGAGAAGCUGGUCUCCACCAAGAAGACGGAGAAGCACUCCACCCAGUCCAUCAAGCAGGUGGCGGAGGGCGAGUGAGCAGACGGCCGGGUCGAUCCGGGCCGGGCCGGGCCGGGCCGGCGGGCCGGGGAAGAAGACAGGAAGCAAAUCAACCCAGAACUAACAUAAAGAAACUCAUACAGCUAGAGCGAUGUAAUAAAGAUAACCACUGUCAAAUAUACCAACAAACCAUAGAGAGAAGCCAAAAGUUAAGCGCUACAACUUUCAAAAAUGCAUGUUGAGUGAAAGCUUUAAAUGGGCGGCCAGGAGCACGCGGGUGAGACUAUUUUAACCUCUUUUACUUCCUUUCUGCAGUCUAAGGGGGAGCUCUCGGGAAGGGGGGGUGGGCUCUGCAUGCUAGCUCAGGGGAGGGGAGGCCGUUCCUCUCUACUGGAUGUUCGGUAGAAAUGCACUGUAAAACGCCAGGGUGGGAGAGCGAGGGGGGACUUCUUUCUUUUUCCGUUUGACCAGAGGGGGAGACGGGCAGAAGGGAGGGUCCCCGACGCAGACGCGCGCUCUGCUGAAGAAGCCUUACUUGACACGCGAAGAUACCAACUGAGCCAAAAAGAAACUAACGACGAAACAAAACACACCACGUACGAGCAGCGACGGGCAGCAAUAUGAUAAACACACGACCAUGUACAUGUAGUAACUGAAGCAAACUAAAGCUUAACACACCUGAAGAAACUCCUAGCCUUAAACAUGCUUUUUAUCAGUGUCUGUUCUGUUUACCUGAGUGCAGAUGAAAAAUAUCGCGGCAAACGCAAAGUGUGCUGGACCAGUCCAGGGUGAAGACGCAGUGGACGGGUGGGUGGAUGGAUGAAUGGAUGGAUGCGAAGACAUAUGUGCAUAGGAUGGACUUGAAUUUAAAUACAGAAAUAAAUGAGGUGCUACUGUUUGCAAUCCCAUGACUUUACUCAUCAUGAAUGAUUUCCCAGCAGCCUUUGCUCAAUAAAUAUCAUAACGAACAACAA